AAACUCAUAAUUUGUUGUUGGAAAAUAUAUUUUUCUUAAUAGAAAAAACCAGUAAUCUUGUGUCACUGACACUGCUACGGUUACAGGUUUUAAGGAUCUGAAUUGGAAGAGUGAGUUCGGGGAGGUUGAAGUGGAUCACGAAGUGAGUCAACUUCCGAGUCGCGUAACUCAGAGUUUUGUGAUUUGAAAAUUCGAAAUGUCUCUGAAAGCAUCUUAUUCAUCGGAGAAUCUGAUUCUUCCGGUAUCCGAUCCUCCAAACGAUGAAGACCGAGAGAGGCUUUUGAAGAGCGAUGAUACGAUCCUCAGAGGUUCUUCCAUGACUAAACGUGGAGCAUUCGCUGCUAUCUCUUACAUGUCUUGCGCUGUGCUCUUGGUGAUGUUCAAUAAGGCGGCUCUUUCAUCUUAUGACUUUCCAUCUGCAAAUUUCAUCGCUCUUCUUCAGAUGGUAUGUUCGUGUUGUUUUCUAUAUGUAUUGAGGUCAUGGAGGAUAAUUUCUUUCACAACAGGUGAAGCAGUAAUUAUAGCUGAUAACUCAAAAAUAUUUGUGUCAUUCAAGACUUUGAGGCACACUCUUCCUAUAGCUGGAUCAUAUUUACUUUAUAUGCUAGUCACCAUGGAGUCUGUUCGUGGAGUAAAUGUUCCAAUGUAUACCACCCUUAGGAGGACCACAGUAGUAUUUACAAUGAUUGUGGAGUAUAUGCUGGUGGGGCAACGGUAUACACCUUCUAUAAUUUUCAGUGUUGGCUUGAUUGUCUUCGGUGCAUUUGUUGCUGGAGCGCGGGACUUAUCUUUUGAUGCCUACGGUUAUGCCGUUGUUUUCCUGUCAAACAUUACAACAGCUAUAUAUCUUGCAACGAUAUCUCGUGUUGGAAAAACUAGUGGCCUUAAUAGCUUUGGGCUUAUGUGGUGCAAUGGUAUCAUAUGCGGGCCAAUUUUGUUUGUUUGGACAUUUGUUCGGGGUGACUUGAAGAUGACUAUUAAUUUUCCUCAUCUGCUUUCGCUUGGUUUUAUUGUUGUUUUGCUUCUAUCCUGCAUCCUAGCUUUCUUCCUGAAUUACAGUAUUUUCCUGAACACAACUCUGAAUUCAGCUCUGACACAGACAAUUUGUGGUAACUUGAAGGAUCUAUUUACUAUUGGCUUUGGCUGGAUUAUUUUUGGUGGGCUACCAUUUGAUUUUUGGAAUGUAAUUGGACAGUUUCUCGGUUUUACGGGUUCUGGUUUAUAUGCCUACUAUAAGCUAAUUGGCAUCUAACUUGCAUUGUUGCCAAGUUCUUUGGUUGCUGUCUUUAUGAAGUUAGGAACACCAUUUGCUUCCUUUAUCUAAUCUCACUUCAUCCAUCUAAAAGCAGAAGAACCUGAGUCGGCCAUAGAUCUAUCAAAUUUGUGAUCAAGCUAAUCUGUGUUCUGUUGGCUUUAGCAUGUUUAAACUGGUAUUGACCUGUCAAUGAGUUCACCCAGUGCUUUUGAUGAAUCAAUUGAACCCCUCUCUCCCCAUUUCUUUGGAGUGUAACUUUGGAAUUUCCAUGUAUCUGUUCAUUUGAUUUUUUGGGGUAUAAAAACGUGAUUAGAGAAGGAAGAGGGUAAUCUAAGUUGUUGAGGUUCAAUUUUAGGAACAAACACUACUUAAGAUACUUUCUGUUAUCUGAGGUAAUGCUGUUGGUUUGUAUACCUGUUCUUUUUAUGGAUCAUAUAUGAUAUAUCUCUCAAUUUAUUGCCGUAAAAA